GUGCGUCCGGGCUCCGGAACUGCCGGCCUCGGUCGCUGUUGCGCAGCCGGGCUCAGUUGGCGGUUACACCUUCCGGCUUCCUUCUGCUCGGCGUGUGCUGGCGAGGCGAUGCGGCCGCUGACGGAGGAGGAGACCCGCGCGCUCUUCGAGAAGCUCGCCCGGUACGUGGGCGAGAACCUGCAGCUGUUGGUGGACCGGCCCGACGGCGCCUACUGCUUCCGCCUGCACAGGGACCGUGUCUACUACCUCAGCGAGAGGAUCCUGAAGCUUGCCACCAGCAUCCCGCGGGAGAACCUGGUGGCCCUGGGCACCUGCUUUGGCAAGUUUACCAAGACCCAAAAGUUCCGGCUCCACGUCACUGCCCUAGAUUACCUUGCUCCCUAUGCCAAGUACAAAGUGUGGGUAAAGCCCGGUGCAGAACAGUCCUUCCUUUAUGGGAACCACAUACUGAAAUCUGGCCUGGGACGGAUUACGGAGAGCACGACCCAGUACCAGGGCGUGGUGGUGUACUCUAUGGCUGAUGUGCCCCUGGGCUUUGGAGUGGCAGCCAAGUCCACACAGGAGUGCCGGAAGGUGGACCCCAUGGCCAUUGUUGUGUUUCAUCAAGCUGACAUCGGGGAGUACAUACGCCACGAGGAGACUCUGACUUAAACAAAGGGGCAGGAGGCCUCAAGGACUUUUUGGC